AAUCAAUCAACAAUAUUUCAGAAAAAAAAAAGACAAUGAGUGAGCUUUUCUACUCUCUCCCAACUUGGGAUCUCCAUAACCUUGGAUCAUUCUUCAACCAAAACUUCAGUUUAGAUUCAUGUGGCCACAUUGAUGAAUCGCCCGAGAAUAUAUUACAUUCGCCGGAGGAGGAUAUCAUCGGCGACGUUUCCACUGGCUACCUCGAAGACGCACUCAUCGAGUUCAGUGGGAAAAGCAAACGGAGACGUCUUUCGUUCAACGCUGAGGACAAACCAAAUAACCACUUUGACAAUCAUCAGAAUAAUUGGGGCAUGUCUGAGACUUAUAGUUGCACGAGUAGUCAGUUUGCAGCAGACGAAUCUCCAAAUUCAUCCGUCAAUAUUUGUUCAGAGGCUUUAAAUCAUUCAAAACAUUCUUUCGAGCCAUCUACGUCCACUUCAAAGAAAAAUCACUGUGACAAGAAGAAAAGAGUGGUGUAUCCAUUUGGAUUGGUGAAACCAGGUGGUCGAGAAGAAGAUGUAACCCUAAAUGACAUAAAUAAGAGGAUUCUCAUGCCGUCGGCUCGGCCAGUUCGGCAUCCCGUUGGAGCAUUUGCCUGCCGCCCGUGUCUCUCUGCUAAUGGACCGGGUCUCUCAGGCAAAGCCGUGGUUGCUUUCACCAAGAUAUACACGUUAGGGAAGGGUACAAUUACCAUAAUAAGAACUAAGGGGUGA